AUAUCAUUCAAAAUGUGUAAUUUCCAGCUUAACUACAUGUACAAUGGAUCUCCCCAAAGAAACUCAGUGUGCAGUUCUGUGUGGUAUCAAGGACAUCAAAAUGGAACAACGGCCUGUUACAUCACCUGGACCAAAUGAGGUUCUGCUUGCUGUCCACUCAGUGGGCAUAUGCGGGUCUGACCUCAAGUACUGGUCACAUGACUGUGGCCGCUUUAAGCUGACCGCUCCUAUGGUCAUAGGUCAUGAGGCUAGCGGCACGGUGGCGGCUCUCGGCCCAGGGUCAAGCAUUUAGAAGUCGGUAGGUGACCGUGUAGCUAUAGAGCCUGGGGUGCCAUGUAGGAUGUGUAGCCUCUGCCGAGUGGGCAAGUACAACCUGUGCAAGGACGUUCAGUUCUGUGCCACACCUCCCGUCGACGGUAACCUGUCUCAGUACUACCUCCAUGCAGCUGACUUCUGCUUCAAACUUCCAUCCAAUGUAAGCUAUGAGGAGGGGGCCUUAGUUGAGCCCCUAGCAGUGGCGCUGUACACCUGCAGCAGAGCAGAAGUAUCUCUUGGAUCCAAAGUACUUAUAUGUGGGAGUGGUCCUGUGGGUAUACUCACAAUGCUCACAGCGAAGUCAAUGGGAGCAAGUCAAGUCAUUAUAACAGAUAUUGUAGCCAAGCAGAAUGGAGCGGACUACACUCUGAAUGUCAAUGGGUUUAGCAGUGAGGAGGCAGCAAAGAAGGUCGUUGACCUGCUGGGCUGUGAGCCUCAUUGUGGUAUGGAGUGCUGUGGGUCUGACAUCGCUCUUAUCUCCUGUAUAGUGGCUUGCAGACCGGGUGGAAACGUCCUUCUGGUAGGAAGAGGGUCCUUGGAGCCAAAGCUUCCCAUCUCUCUCAUAUCCACCAAAGAAUUGACGCUGAAAGGGAUCUUCCGCUAUGCAAACAUGUACCCCAAGGCAAUAUCCAUGCUGUCCUCCGGUCAGAUGCCCAUCAAAGACCUCGUCACUCAUCGCUUCCCCCUCGACCAAGUGGACAAUGCCUUCACCACAGCCAUGAGCCGUGAAUCUUGUGCCAUGAAAGUCAUGAUACAUACAGGUGUAUCAGUUAAUUUGCAAAGAUAAUAUGCUACUGAGGCUUUAUCAAGUCUAUAGAACCAUUUGAGAAAGAUAUUACAAUGCUUUAAAUGUGUGUCCUCCUAAAUUUCAUAUUUUUAUACCAGUUUGUGUUGUCACCAUUUGAUAAGGACUAGAAAAGAAAUCAGUAUGGAAUCAGUUUUUAGAUAAAAGCAGAAUUUUACAUUAAGAACCAUGAAAAAUGUUGUAAUUAAGAGAACCAGAACUUUGUACAUGUAUUUUGUACAUCAUGACAGUACUUAUGAGAAGAAACAAUGUUUUUCUCUAAUAAUUUUAAGAGCUCUAUAGUAUGAGAAUGAGAUCUUGCCGAUACGUUUAUCUUAGUGUGGAAUCCUGUGUCUAGGGAACCGCAUUUUAAAGCCGUUUGUUAAAGAAAAGUUCAUAGAAUAAUAAAUAUCCCAAUUGCCUUCCUUCAUGUACUGAACUAGAUUCUACAUUUCUUGUGAUUAGAUAUGUUAUCCUCAUGUAAAGGGAAUAUGAUACCAGUGUUUGAUGUUCAUUUUCUUUUUAUUUCAUUUACAUAUGUGAAAAUACAUGUAUGUUUAUGUGACAAUUUUGAUUCAGUAUUAGAGAUGUAUUUAAUAUACAACGUGAAUUUUUAAGUAUUUUUCUUUCUACAUUUAUAAGACUUAAAAUAAAAAAGAAUCUUUCCAAAGAUGUACACAUAGUCAUGUUUAUGUAUUCUAUAAUCUAUGAUUCAUCAAAACAUUUAAAUGUAUGUAAUUGUUGCAAUAUAAAUAUGUAAAUAUAUUUCAAAUUUAUAUGAAUCACCUUUUAAAGGUGUAAAGAAAAUUAUGAAAAAUAAAAAUAUAUUGAUCUGAAAUAAA